AUGUCUGCAAAUCGCAGUGGUAGUUAUAGUGGCGGCCUUGUUGAUCCCAGUAAUCUGCAUCUGAAGAAGGAGUUAACUCAGAUUAGGAAAGCUGCUCGUGCUUUACGAGAUCCUGGUACGACUUCCUCAUGGCGGUCUCCCCUCAGUUCAUCUAGAUCCACCACCGCCGUUGCUGUAGCAGCAGCAGCGGCCGCUUCUUCUUCCGUCACCAAUGCCCCAAGCAACCAUUAUAAUCACCAUUAUAGGAACAACGCUAGUUACAGUAUAGAAGAGACCGAUGAGAAUAAUGUUAACGACAUCAGCAACAGCAUCAACAACAAUAGAUCGGAGAGCGAGAGGAGCGCUUCCGUGACGGGGCAAACAGAUGACACUACCAGAAGGCCAAUACACCAACAAAGAGGAAAUGUUGAUGACGGAAUCGGUGAUUGUGAUGAGAGUGUCGAUGACAGCUUGAGCGAUGCCCGAAAUGAUGGAGAUUUGAAGAGUGUUGCUGCUGAUGAUCACAGGAGGGCAUCAUUGAUGAAGAAGAAGCCAAAGAAAACAUCACAUGCAUCUGCUGCUUUAAAACUUCAACUGCAGAGACAGCUAAGCCUAGUUGACCAAUAUGAUGAUGUUAAUUCGGAUGAUAUAGUUGUUAAAGGGUCCUCAGUGACAUCACCAUUGUUGUCAAGGCUCAAAUCUUCAAAAUUGUUGAGAGGUGGUAGUAGGAAAGACGAUUCAUCUUACUGUUAUAGCACCCCAGCUUUAUCCACAAGCUCUUUCAACAAGUAUUGCAUUAGGAAUCCAAGCACAGUUGGAUCAUGGGAUGCAACAACUGAUGGAGAUGAAGGAUUAGGUUAUGACUAUGAUGAUGAUGAUGAAGAUGAUCAGUUGGAUCUACCAGGUCGCCAUGGAUGUGGGAUUCCUUGUUACUGGUCUUCCUCCAAGAGAAGUACCCCAAAACGUGGUGGGGUUUGUGGUAGCUGUUACUCACCUUCAUUUUCAGAUACAUUGAGAAGAAAAGGAAGCAGCAUGUUGUGUGGUAGCCAAACCAUGUACCAUAGGCGAUCAUCAAUAGGUGCUUACAACAAGAAGAGACAUGCCCACAAAUCUUCCCAAGGUCUUGUUCCAUUGCUAACAAAUGGUGCAGAAAGCAGAGAUCGUUCAUCUAUUGGGACAGAUGACGAGCUUUCAACCAACUAUGGAGAGCUUGAUUUGGAAGCUUUGAGUCGAUUAGAUGGAAGGAGGUGGUCAACAAGCUACAGAAGUCAAGAAGGUUUGGAGCUUGUAGCUGUAAAUGGAGAAAGAGAAGGUGAUUCUCCUUCAUCUCUUGAUAAUAUCAACUGCUACAGCCACAAGUAUAAGCCAAUGUUCUUUGAGGAUUUAGUUGGGCAGAAUGUUGUAGUCCAAUCACUUGUGAAUGCUAUCAUGAAAGGAAGAAUUGCUCCAAUUUAUCUUUUCCAAGGUCCACGUGGCACUGGAAAAACAUCAACUGCAAGAAUCUUUGCUGCAGCCUUGAAUUGUCUUGCUACUGGAGAUACAAGACCUUGUGGGAUUUGCAGGGAAUGUGCUGAGUUUAUUUCAGGGAAGAGCCACGUCAUCACUGAAAUGGAUGGAUCCAAUAAGAAAGGGAUCGAUAAAGUUAGAUAUUUGAUGAAGAAACUUCAAAUGAAUGUGGGUCUUUCUACAUCAACCUUUACAAGGCAUGAGGUUUAUGUUAUCGAUGAGUGUCACUUGUUACCUUCUAAAUUAUGGUUGGCUUUCCAGAAGUUUCUAGAAGAACCACCUCCAAGUGUGGUGUUUAUCUUUAUAACUACUGAUCUUGACAAUGUGCCACGUGCUGUUUUGUCAAGAUGCCAAAAGUAUCUUUUUAGCAAGAUUAAAGAUAGUGACAUAGUUAACAGAUUGAGGAAAAUCUCAGUGGAUGAGAAUUUGGAUGUGGAAGAGGAUGCAUUGGAUUUGAUUGCAUUGAAUGUAGAAGGGUCAUUGCGAGAUGCUGAAACUAUGUUGGAUCAGUUAAGUUUAUUAGGAAAGAGAAUCACCACUGAUUUGGUGAAUGAACUUGUAGGAGUUGUCUCUGAUGAGAAGUUAUUGGAACUUCUGGAGUUAGCAAUGUCAUCAAACACAGCUGAAACUGUGAAAAGAGCCAGAGAAUUAAUGGAAUUGGGAGUUGACCCUAUGGUUCUCAUGUCUCAAAUGGCUACACUUAUUAUGGACAUUAUUGCUGGAACAUAUCAAGUAAUUGAAGCUAGUGCUGACUCAUUGUUUGAUGGUAGAAGCUUGACAGAAGCAGAAAUUGAAAGAUUAAAGCAUGCAUUAAAACUUCUUUCUGAGUCUGAAAAACAAUUAAGACUUUCAAGUGAAAGGUCAACAUGGUUCACAGCAACCUUAUUACAGCUAGGCUCAGUCCCCUCAGCGGACCCCACUCCUUCCGGAAGCAGUAGAAGACAAAGCUCAAGGACAACCGAAGAUGAUCCAUCUGCUACUUUCCGAGAUAUAUAUUUUCAAAAACAAAGGCAAGAUUCCCAAUAUACCCCUCAAAAGUCUACCCCUAUGUACCCCCCUAAGCCCAUUCGCCAAAAUUCAACUAGCCCAAAAGAUACCCUUCUAUCAAUGAGGCAACUCAUGAAUGGGGAUGCAAUUGCAGCAUCCUCAGUCCCACAUCAUAAUGAUGAUGAUGAUGAUGAUGAUGAUGAUGUCAUAAAUGUAUCGAAACGUAGUAAUUCAAAUAUAUUGGAUGAUAUUUGGGCACGUUGCAUUGAAAAGUGCCAUUCCAAGACUUUAAGGCAACUGCUUCAUACUUAUGGGAAUCUGGUGUCGAUUUCUGAAGAUAAAGGAAUUCUUGUUGCUUAUAUUGUGUUUCGGGAUAAAGAUAUAAAAAGUCGAGCUGAAAGGUUUCUUAGUAGCAUCACAAACUCAUUUGAAACGGUUCUCCACCGCAACAUAGAAGUCAGAAUCAUAUUACUUUCAGAUGACGGGCCCACACCAAAACCCAAUCCAGAUUCACAAAAGGUACCGCGAGGAAGCUUUCAUGAUUCCGAUGGAAAGAUGUCCGGAAUCAUCAAUUCCAGAGUUGCGUCCCCACUUGUUGCAAAAGGGGGAAAACCCCCCAAAACCGGGAAUCCGGUUCAAAGAAUAGAAUCGAUCAUUCAUGAACAGCGGUUAGAAACCGCGUGGUUACAAACUGCGGAAAAGGGCGGAACUCCGGGAUCGUUGAACCGGUUGAAACCGGAACGGAAUCAGGUUUUACCGCAAGAUGGCGGGGACCACCAGCGGCAGAUGGUGGCGAUGGACCCGUUGUCACAGGAGAAAUGGGAAGAUGAGUUGACCCGUGAACUUAAUCUUUUGAAGAUAAAAGACGGAAAUACCCUUUCCAAGGAACAUAUUGGGCGACAGUAUCCGAUGUCACCGAGCUUGUUGCAUGAUGGCAGUUUAGCGGGAAAGGGAUAUGAGUCUGGAUCAGGAGGUGGUGGUUGUUUCUGUUUUAACAAGAGGCGGAAUAGGAGAGGGAAGAUGAAGCCUGGAACCCCGGUUGGCCCACGAAGAGGAGCAAGAUUUUUAUUGUUUGGGGAGUGUGGAAAGUCAGGAAGGACAGAUCACAGCCGACAACAAAAGGGGAAAGCAGUCGAGAGGAGCAACGGAGCGACCAUAUUGCCAUCACCUUCGAUGCAUCAAUCAUCUUCGAGCCUGUCGUCGCCUUUAGCUCCUAUGCUUCUUCUGUCUCAGAAGGAAGGUGCGAAGGUGGGGAAUCAAAAAGGGGCUACUGCCUCUGAUGUUUGCUCCGAGGAAACGCCCACUUUAGUGGUGGGUUCAGGCUAG